AUCAUAGUACAUACUAUAAAUUAAUUUUCCAAUAAUAAUAUAGUUCAGUGUUCAUAUAUUAUCUCAUUUUCCUCAUCUUCUCUAGACCUCUCUUUACCAGAUAAACCCUAGUUCUAGGGUUAGGGUUUUAGCCUACUAAUUCUUCUUCUUUCUUCUACUAUUACUACUACUAAUACUACUGUUCUUCCUCUUUACUUAGUUUCAUUUUUGGGUGUUGAGUUUUUUUGAAUCUGAGAGUUUUAGUAGCAAUGGAUCUACGGAAGCGAAGCAGAAAUGAAGGUGGUGCGAACUUCAAUGGAGGAUUUAAGAAGUCUAAGCCAGAAAUGGACUCCUUAUCAGGUGUAGGAAGCAAAACGAAGCCAUGCACGAAGUUUUUCAGCACUGCGGGUUGUCCAUUUGGUGAGAGCUGCCAUUUCCUUCACUAUGUUCCUGGUGGCUAUAAUGCAGUGGCCCAGAUGAUGAAUUUAGGACCAGCUCCAGCAUCACGAAAUGCUCCUGCACCACCCAUGGCCAAUGGAAAUGCUCCUGCUGUGAAAACCAAACUUUGCAACAAAUUCAACACAGCUGAGGGAUGCAAAUUUGGAGACAAAUGCAAUUUCGCUCAUGGGGAGUGGGAAAUUGGCAAGCCUAUUGUGCCAUCACAGGAGGAUCCACGUGCCAUGGGGGUUGGUCCUAUUCCUGGUCGUUUUGGUGCUGGGCGUAUGGAGCCUCCUGUUUCUGGACAUGCUGCUAGCUUUGGUACCUCAGCAACUGCAAAGAUCAGUGUGGAUGCAUCUCUUGCUGGAGCAAUCAUUGGGAAGGGAGGUGUGCAUUCUAAGCAGAUUUGUCGACAGACCGGAGCCAAGUUGGCAAUCCGGGAUCAUGAAGCAGAUGCAAGUCUCAAAAACAUUGAACUAGAGGGUACCUUUGAACAAAUUUCGCAGGCUAGUGCUAUGGUAAGAGAGUUGAUCAGCAGCCUCGGUCCAGUAGGUGGUGGUCCAGGAAGAGCUCCGACAGGUCCUGGUGGCCAUGGAAGAGCUCCAACAGGUCCAGGCGGCCCUCCUCCUUCUAUGAGCAAUUACAAGACGAAGCUCUGUGAGAAUUUCACUAAAGGGUCUUGCACUUUUGGAGAACGGUGCCACUUUGCCCACGGGGCUGCUGAAAUGCGCAAAACCGGAGUGUGACUUUAAGAAGGCAGCGUCUUCCCGUGUUACGUUGCCUAUGCUCAUGCUUGGUAAAGGCUGAAACAUUGUAUAUCUCAAUUUUGAGUAUUAUCUAGGCAUGAUUUGGAUAUCUUAUUAAUAGGACGACUAGUUCUGGUUUUUUUGAGUUGUGUUAGAUGUUUGUUAGCUCUGUUUCCUCUUUAUGUUAAAUUUACAGUUCCUUCAAUAUUUUGUGGUUUUGAUUGUUUUGCCUGAA